CUAAAAUACAGCGAGGGUAGGACUUCAGAUUUCGGUAAAACUUUACCAUUUCACCAGCUGCACAGAAUGCUUGCAUUCUGCCAUGCUGCAGAAGUGCUAUUUACAUAUUUUAAAGAUAGUGCUAAAUUUCUUUUUUGAAAGAGAGGGUGCAACGUGUAAUUCACAUGCUUAUUUGUGGAUAAGAAUGGGCGCCAAUGCACUUGUUAAAGCAUUUUCAUAGAGUGAACGAACUGCAAGGGAUUUCUUGUGGCAGGCACAUUCAUUCUAUGUUGACUUUUGCUACAGAUGACAGAAGAAAGUUUAAAGUUUUUAGUCCCGGGUACUUACGUUACAGUCCACUAGCAGCAAGGAUUUUUCAUCAGUUGAGUGUUUUAAAGAGCACUUUUUAAAACAUUCCUGAAUGUGCUGCUGACAUGUAGCUGCUCACUUGACCGACCACAGGAAAGAGAAACCUUAUAAUUAAAUGGUGCGGGAUUCUUAUCUAGUUUAGCAGAUGCUUUAUUUUGUGACAUUUAUGUUAUUGUUGGGAGUGUUCCCAGCCCUUUUUUUUUAGGAUCUAGUUUGUAGUAAGUCUGAGCUUUUGGAGAUAAUACCAUAGCAUAGCAUCUUAGCAUUAAACCUGAAGAGGGCUAUAGUCUAGCACUAGGACAGAACCUGUUUUGAGAGAUCUGAGUUGCAUCAUCAGGAUAGUUCUUUUGUACUUUGAAGGAUGUCUAACCCUUCUGCGGUGAGCACCUUUGUGGUGUGGGACUAUGUGGUAUUUGCAGGCAUGCUGCUGAUUUCAGCAGCCAUUGGGAUUUAUUAUGCAGUUGUGGAUCGGGCCAAACAAAGCUCCAAGGACUUCCUUAUUGGAGGCAGGACAAUGACAGCAGUACCGGUGGCCCUGUCUCUUACUGCCAGCUUUAUGUCGGCUGUCACAGUAUUAGCUACUCCAGCUGAAAUUUACAGAUAUGGCGCUAUAUUCAGCAUAUUCAGCAUCAGUUAUUUGUUCGUCAUCGUCAUCUGUUCUGAAUUUUUCUUGCCAGUGUUUUAUAGAUUAGGAAUCACCAGUACCUAUGAGUACCUGGAAAUGAGAUUCAAUAAAGUUGUUCGUUUAUGUGGGACCCUACUGUUUAUUAUUCAAACAGUUUUAUAUACAGGAAUUGUGAUCUACGUACCAGCACUUGCAUUAAAUCAAGUUACAGGAUUUGACCUUUGGGGAGCUGUGGUCUCAACUGGAGUUGUCUGCACUUUUUACUGCACCAUGGGUGGGCUUAAAGCUGUAGUCUGGACAGAUGUGUUUCAGGUUGGAAUCAUGGUGGCAGGGUUUGUAUCGGUCAUCAUCCGAGCUAUCGUGAUUCGGGGAGGGCUCACUCCCAUUUUACAAGAUGCCUACGAUGGAGGAAGAAUAAAUUUUUGGGAUUUUGAUGUCAAUCCAUUGAGAAGGCACACUUUCUGGACUAUCACAGUUGGUGGAAGCUUCAUAUGGAUUUAUAUCUAUGGUGUAAACCAGUCCCAGGUUCAAAGAUACAUUGCCUGUAAAACAAGACUACAGGCCAAAAUGUCUCUGUAUAUCAAUCUGUUGGGACUCUGGAUAAUUGUUGGCUGUGCAACACUGGCUGGAUUGUCUAUGUACUCUGUGUACCGAGAUUGUGACCCAUGGACAGCAGGCAAGGUGAAAGCACUAGACCAGCUGAUACCUUACCUAGUGAUGGAUAUUCUUAGGGACUUUCCAGGAGUUCCAGGCCUAUUUGUUGCAGCUGCCUACAGUGGAACACUAAGCACGGUCUCGUCUAGUAUCAAUGCACUUGCUGCUGUCACAGUUGAGGAUCUCAUCAGGCCGCAAUUCACGUCUCUCACUGACACCAAGCUCUCCUGGAUUUCUAAGGGCACGACUUUACUGUAUGGCUUAAUGUGCAUUGGCAUGGCUGGCUUGGCAUCCUUAAUGGGAGGAUUGUUGCAGGCAGCCAUCACUAUAUUCGGUAUCGCUGGAGGACCCUUGUUGGGGCUUUUUGUUUUAGGAAUCUUCUUUCCAUGGGCAAACUCAGUAGGUGCACUUGUAGGAGUCAUCGCUGGAUUUGCCUUAUCCCUAUGGGUGGGGAUUGGAUCUCAGAUGUAUCCUCAGCCUCUAGCCUACUCUCGACCUCUGAACCUCUCCACAGCUGGUUGCAAUGUCAGUUUUACUUUCCCAGAUGUGAACUUGACAGAUGUUGUGUACCUACCAACAAUGCCACCACUUGCAAUGAUGGAAACAACAAUGCAGGUUGGGGUAACUUUGGCCGAGGAAAGAUCUGUCGUGGUCGAUAACUGGUAUUCCUUGUCUUACCUGUACUUUAGUACUGUUGGUACCCUGACUGUUGUUGCAGUUGGUUUGGUCAUUAGCAUUUUCACAGGAGGGAGAAAGCAAUAUGUGAACCCUGAGAUGAUGUUUCUUGCAAAGGAGGACUUCCCCAAAUGUUCCUUCAAAUGUCACAAAGACCUUUCUACAGAUAACAAAAGUGAGACAGGGCAAUGGAAAUCUCAGAACAGUUUGGUUACUGAUAUGGGAACAAUUAAUGCCGCCUUUACUGACAUAGAGUUGAACUACCCAGAAACUAAUGAAAGGACCAAUGGAAUACGCUUGUAAUUUACUACCUGUAGAGACCAGUGACAGUAAAUAAAUACAUGGCAAACCUUCCUUUGCGGUUUUGCAUUUUCAACAGAAUAUUGACUUUUUUGAUCGCUUACAUUUUUGCAGAGGAUGGUCUUCUUUGCCAAACUCCUGGAGUGACCCUGUCUGUGAUAAUACCUUUACUAUUUCUGUGUAUUAAAACAGAAGUAUUAUUUGUGCAUGACUUUUAACUCAGACAUUGUCAAAGGCUCACUUUUAAAAUAACACUGGAUCCGGACUUCAUUUUGCAGCAUAUCAAAUGAGGUUGAACACAAAUACAUUUUUUAUGCUUCACAGUAUUUUUAUGCAAUGAUAUAUAGUUUUCUUUUAUAAUUUGUAUAUGAUAUAUUAAAAUCUUUGGGAAGAGAAUGUAUAAAUUGAUCCUGGCCACAACUUCUAUGGCAAUUUGUUAUUAUUUCUGAAUACUUACUUGAAUGUAGCUGUAUACAUUUGUACUCAAAGCGAUUUAAAUGUGAGAGUUUUAUUAUAUUCAUACCACCAUACUGUAAAGUAAACAAAAAUGAUUUUAUGAAAGUAUAAACUGUGGAACAAUGAUACUGUUUUCAUUUCUACAGUUGCAGCAUGGAUGGUUGCAAGUUUGAUUAUGAGGCAACUGCAAACUUUUGCCAGUACUGAAGAACUUGAAAGAAUUUUCCAAUAAAAUAAUUUAUCUGUAGUGUAUUAGGGUCAGGGAAAUGUAUAACUGUUUAUUUUGACAGCCUUAUAGAAUGAAAAUAAUUUAUAUAAGCUUCAAUGGCAUACUGCAUUCUUGUUUUGAGCUAGGAAGGAAAAAAGACCUCAUAAGAUUUGAAUAUUUUUUUUUGGUUAUAAAGGAUAUUUUUUAACAGAGAGUUGUGUUUGCUGAUGUGCCUAUCAGGCAAGACAGAUUAAAGUGAUUAGUGCAGCAAAAAAAAAAAUCUACCCUUUUUUUGCAAUAAUCUUUUUGGAAGAUUUUUCUCUCUUCUUUCUUAAAAAAAAUCUGCACAAAUGUUAUAUACCUUGGAGUUUAUAUGUACAAGUAGAGGGGGUAAGU